GGUUUCUGAAGAUAGCCACAAAUUUCCCGUUUUAGUGUACAUCCAUGGUGGAAGCUAUGCGGUUUGGUCUCCCCAAACGGAUAUGUUUGGAGUGGAUCUGUUGAUGGAGAAUGGUGUCAUGAUCGUUUCCUUCAACUAUCGAUUAUCGGUGCUGGGCUUCCUGCGACAUCCGGAGUUCAAUAUCACCGGAAACUACGGUCUCAAAGACCACCUAGCUGCCCUCCAGUGGGUUCAACGCUAUAUUGAGCACUUUGGAGGCGAUCCGAACAACGUAACCCUGAUGGGUCAAAGCGUGGGAGCCCACUCUGUAACCUAUCACAUGUUCCUGGAGCCCUUCCGGGGUCUAUUCCAUCGAGUGAUAGCAAUGUCCGGAUCACUGCUUGCUCCCUCGGCCAUGAACUACAUUCCGCAGAAGUUCAUCCCAAAAUAUCUGCAAGCGAUCAACGUUACAACAAACGAGCAGCUCAUGAGCGCUGAUUUCAAAGAUCUGUUUGCAAUGAAAUCGUAUAGCAGAAAGUACGACUAUGCCACAGUUAGCCUCCCAAUCUUCUUGCCCAUGGUAGAAGAUGAAGAUCACUCAGAAGCUCUGGUCACAGCGCCAGUUCACGAGCUGAUCCUAACCGAUCCGGUUAACAAAGUUCCACUGAUGGUUGGUAUGACCUCGUUGGAAUUCACAUCCCUGUUCGCGUCUCUGCCAUUUGCAGAAUUCAGUGCUGAGGAAAGUUUUCCCAAUCGACAGAACAGCACUGCCUACCGAAGGGUGAAGGCCAUGAUUGAUGCUGCGGCGAAACUAGCCCGCAAGGUGCAACCCAACGGUGCUGGAAGGCACUUUAGCGGAAAGCUUGCAGAUUUAUCUCACAUGUACUAUCCGGUGAAGAAGGUGAUGAGACAGUUGGUGAAAUCGGGCUCGUACCUUAAGCCGAUCUAUUACUAUCGGUUCGAGUACGAUGGAAAGUUCGGCAAGUAUAAGAACGUGUUCUACAAGAAUCGGGUGGACUUGAGCUACCAAGGGGCAAUGCACGGUGAUGAUCUGGGGUAUCUUUUUUCACCGUACAAUGUGCGUGAAGCAGUGGAUGAUCCGAGUUCGUUUGAAACGGAGUGGAAGGUAGCUAAACGGAAUGUUGGCUAUUUUAGCAAUUUUGUUAAAUUCGGCAAUCCCACACCGGACGAUGGCGAUUGGAAUGGAAUCAGGUGGCCUCCAUACAAUGAGUACAGCUCAGGAUCACAAUUUCUGAACAUCAAUAGUGAAGAUGAAGUGCUAGUUGACGACGAUCGAUCAAACUUUAUCUACCAAAUAUGGAGUAAAGCUCACGACUGUUUGUACUACUACCGCUGUUUGCCAGUUGAGGCAUUGUUGGACAAAAUCAGCCAGCAUUUGAACGGCAAUCAAACAGGUUUUGAUUUGGAUAGUUUAUUCGUUGUUAAUAGUUUAUAGGUGUGUAAAUAUUUUAUUGUAAAUACAAAGAACCACAUGUUAUACGAUUUAUUAAGGUACGAUGCCAUCCUGGUUUUUAG